AUGGCGGAAGGGAUCAUGGCGGAGCGAGGUCGAAUGGACCGCGUACGUGGGGACCGGCACCCGGAGCGGGACCGGAACCAGGCGUUGGCAGCGCUGACCAUGGACCCAGAGAAGAUCCGGGGCAAACAUGCUGCCCUUUGCUUUGCCACCAUGGCUGUCAUGCUGGGGCUGCCCCUGUGGUGGAAGACAACAGAAACCUACAGGGCCUCCCUGCCUUAUGCCCAGAUCAGCCAGCUGGACUCCUUGUUGAUUCGGCUCAGAGUUCCAGUGUCUGUGGUGUUUAUCCAGGGUUCUCUGCCCAUUGUGGAUCAGCAAAAACUGCCUUUCACAAUUGUAAAUGAGCGCGAUGUCCCACUGAAAUGCAAAAUGAAGCUCAAGAGCCGAUUCCAGCAGGCCUAUCGGAUGGCAGGGUCCCAUGAGGAGCGGGCCCUGAAAAUGGACACUAUUCAAGAGGCCGAAGCUGCAUUACCUUCACCAAAGGAGGAUACAGUGGGCUCACUGAACAUAUUUGUGAUCCCUGAAAAAUCCUCACUGCUCCCCCAGGACAAGAUGAGCUACAUUGGGCCCAAGAGGACCGCAUUCGUUCGGGGAGCCCAGGGACGGCAGGCCUUGACAGUGAUUGGCCAGAGAGUGCUGCAGGUGGCCCAGUCCAUGUCCCUGACUGAUGAGGUCCUUGCUGCUGCCUUGGGUGACCGCCUCCCAGAGGACAAGAGAGGCUCCGACAAGAGGCGGCCCCUUAAGGCCAGCCUGGGCUAUGAGAUAACCUUCAGUUUACUGAACCCUGAUCCCAAGUCCCAUGAGGUUCACUGGGACAUCGAGGGGGCAAUGGAAAGUUUUGUGCAACCCUUCCUGUCUCUGUUUGGCGCCCUCGGGAACUUCUCCAUGGACUCUCAGAUCCUGUACUAUGCCAUGCUGGGCGUGACUCCUCGCUUUGAUGCUGCCUCUUCCAGCUACACUCUGGCUGCACACAGCCUCCCCCAUGUCAUCAACCCCGUGGAGGCCCGUCUGGGAUCCAGCGCUGCCUCCCUCAACCCAGUGAUCAACUUCCUUCUAUAUGUGCCUGAGCGUGCCCACUCUCCCCUGUAUAUCCAGGACAAGGAUGGAGCCCGGGUAGCCACCAAUGCUUUCCAUAGCCCCCGCUGGGGUGGCAUCAUGGUGUAUAACGUUGACCCCAAAGCCUACAAUACCACCAGGUUCCCUGUGAAAGUCAAUGUGGACAUGGUACAAGUGAUGGAAGUGUUCCUGGCCCAGAUGCGGUUGCUUUUUGGGAUCCCUUAUCCUCAGAUGCCAGCAAACUAUGUUCUGGCAGAACCUCCAAGUGAAGGGCUGAGGUCCUGGGAACUGGACAGGCUGCUGUGGGCCCGCACCGUGGAGAACUUGGCUACGGUCACAACCACUCUGACCUCCCUUGCUGAGUUGCUAGACAAGAUUAGCAAUAUUGUUAUCAAGGAUGAUGUGGCUUCAGAGGUAUACCUAGCUGUGGAUGCUGUCCAUGAUACAAUAGUGGAGCUGGCUGCCGGGAACCUGCACUCUGCUUUCCAUGCCAGCCGGGAGGCAGUGACAUCUUCGGAGAAGGCCUUCUUUGACCCCUCCCUUCUUCACCUCCUCUACUUUCCUGAUGACCAGAAGUUUGCCAUCUACAUUCCCCUCUUCCUGCCCAUGGCAGUGCCCAUUUUCCUUUCCAUGAUCAAGAUCAUUCUGGAGAACCAAAAAAUCAGGAAGGAUAUUGAAAAGGUGGACUGAGUUUGAAGCACAAAGAAUGGGAGGCAAAGGGAAGCUGGGAUUGGGUGAAGAUGGUAGCUUGGAGAGUAGAUGAAUUAUUGCUCCUGGGAAGAGCUUGGUCCCAUUCUGGAGAGUCCUGAUUCUUUUGUGCAUCCUUUGUGUCCUCCUACAGAUCCUUUUGGCUAGAAGCCAAGCCUUCGUGGUGGGAUGGGGUGGGUGGGUGGGUGGCAGGCAGGCAGGGGGGCAAAGGGAAGGCCUUCCAAAAAGUCCCCUGCCCUGGGGUCUCCAGUCAGCAUAAGGGAUAAUAAGCCUAUUUGGUGGGAUGGGAGGGUUAGGGGAAAGGAGAAACAAAAGGAAAUAAACGUCUUUGUGUCAUCCUGU